UACAGUAUAUUUCUGAGACUCAAAAACCAAACAAACAAAAGGCAAGGCAGUGAUAUUUUUGUGAAGUGUUUAAUUAAGCGAGACUACUCCUCAAGAGCUGCCAAAGAAGUACCCAGCCCAGAUCCAGCGCCCAAAUAUUCCCCAUUUAACUAUAUCAAUGGGUGAUAACAAAAUAUGCGACAUCAGCAACGAAGUGCUGGAGGAAUUGAAGAAAUUUCGCUUCAGUAAAAGCAAAAACAAUGCGGCUUUGAUAUUGAAAGUCGACAGAGAGAAGCAAUCUGUGGUAUUGGAUGAAUUCAUUGAUGAUAUAUCUGUGGACGAGCUGCAGGACACACUGCCAGGCCAUCAGCCGCGCUAUAUUAUCUAUACAUACAAAAUGGUGCACGAUGAUCAGCGUGUAUCAUAUCCGAUGUGUUUUAUUUUCUACACACCGAGGGAUAGUCAGAUUGAACUGCAGAUGAUGUAUGCCUGCACCAAGAGCGCUCUACAGCGCGAGGUGGAUCUCACGCGUGUCUACGAAAUACGCGAACUGGACGAACUAACCGAGGAGUGGCUCAGGGAGAAGCUAAAGUAGAAGAUCACAACAUACCAUUCCAGGCCGUUGUUCAAAGCAAUAUUUUAUGAUAACUCUUAUUUUGGAGGAGCUUCUUUUACUACUACAUAUAUACACUUUAUAAACUGGAGAUCAAGAGCCAAUACCAACGAUGCAAAUGCAUACCAAUACCAAACAAACCAUUCAAUAUUGAAAUACGACAAUUUUUUACGACACAAAUCAAUAUAUUAGUUUUAUACUAUAUAUAUACAACAGUAAUGACAAUUUUAUGUACCAGUUAUACACGUACAUGUGUAUGUGUAUAAGUUUUUAGUGUGUUUAGUUUUUGCAUUUAAGUAUAACGAAAGGGAGUACGAUCUUUCCAUUGACAUUAGCAAUCGUAAUGAUCUUAUAGAAGCUGUGCUUGCCAAAUUCUACAUGUAUUUAUAGUAAAGAUACAAAGCAGACAUGCAAAUAUUCCAUUUUAUAAAAACGACAUAAAUAAAAAGUGUGUUCAAUACGA